AUGCCUGCGACGACAAUCCCAGCAGUCCCCCGCUACAUUCCAGCUUCACCCACCCAAGAAGCUCUUCAAUGGGCGGAUCUUCCCAUACUCGACCUCUCUACAGCUAGCACCCCGGAAGGCCGCGCGGAGCUCGCGCCUGUCGCACGGGACGCCAUGCACACCCACGGCUUCGUGUACAUCGUCAAUCACGGAAUCUCUCAAGCUCAGAACGAUAGGAUCUUCGACAUCGCAGACGUCCCAUUCUCUCAGGUGUCUGAGGACGAGAAGAAGCAGCUCGUCGGCAACAUCAAAGAGACAGGCCUAUACAGAGGCUACAAGCUCCGCGAGUACUGGCACAUCGACAACGGUGUCAGGGACCAAAUCGAACACUUCAAUAUGCACCGCGCGAUCGACGACCGCCAGGAGUACCCGAAGGCGCUUCUCCCUCUCCUUCCGGAGAUUCGCGCCUUUUGCGAGCACAACCACUACAAGAUCCUCCACCCCAUUUUACAGCUGCUCGCUCGUGGGAUGGAGCUUCCCGAAGACACGUUUGUGGACAUGCACAGGUUCGAUGCACCUGGGCAGACAUGGGCGCGCUUCAUGAAGUAUUAUCCACGCUGCGAAGACGAUGAGGUCAAGUCCAAGAACGUCUGGCUCAAAGGCCACACCGACUACGGCUCCAUCACGAUUCUCUGGAGCCAGCCCGUCACCGCGCUGCAGAUCCUCUCGCCCGACGGGAAAUGGCGCUACGUGAAGCACAUGGACAACGCCCUCGUCGUGAACGUCGGCGACGCGCUCGAGAUGCUCUCCGGCGGCUUCUACAAGGCGACGAUCCACCGCGUCGUGCAGCCCCCCGUGGACCAGCACGGCCGUGAGCGCCUCGGGACGUUCUACUUCGCGCUCACCGACGACGCCGUCAAGCUCGUCCCGCUCGUCGACAGCCCCGUGCUGCGCCGGCCGGGCGUGGAGGUGAAGCGGCGGUGUGCGGACGCGGACGCGCCGACGAUGGCGGCGUGGCGGCAGGCGCGGACGCGCGCGUACGGGCAGACGGUGCUGACGAAGCGCGAGGGGGGCAUCGAGGAGGAGGUGCUGGACGGGCUCGUGGUGAGGCACUACAACUGA